AUGCCUCAGGGAAAAGCGCAAUAUCCCACUGGGAUCGGUGUUGGCUUUGACUAUAUUGAUACCGCUCAAGUCUACAGAAAUCAACUGCAAGUGGGAAAAGCGCUGAAGGAAUCUGGGAUAAAAGGGAGGGACAUCUGGGUGAUCACGAACUGGUCUGGAGUGGCCGCGACCCGCGCAGGGGAUCGAUCAGAGCCUGGAUAA